UAUAUAACACGAACACAUGCGACCUGUGACGUUGGCGCCCGAAUUGCAUUUUUUAAAUUGAAAGUUUUCUUUUUAAUUGCCAAGGCACACUUUCAAAAUACUACUAUCUCUGGCACUUAUUUGCUAAAGUUUUUCACUUUACGCAAUUAUAUGGGGACCAUUUUUUCCCGGUAGGUCUGUUGCAGUAGGCAUACAUUACGGAAUUGCCUAAAUCAGCGACAAUAUAUAUUGAAGGGCAGUUACGCAAUGGUUAUAACAAGUCCAGUUUCGGACGUGGGCCAUUCAACAAACCGAAAUUCUUUACACUCGGACGACGACUUUCAGAUGCCGAGAAAGUCGCCACGAUUAACCAACGAAUAUAUUGGUGAAAAGGAUCUGAAUUUAGAAGGCCUGGAUGAUCAAACGUCAGGGAAUGGGAGACCUGACCGAAAGAUAACAAGGAAAACCCUCAGGCUUCAUAGCAAAGAUGACCAAACUGAGGGGUCCCCCAGACCAGGGGGAUCUAAGGAAGUUGUGCGCCGCAGCACCAGAAACACCCCAUCCCAACACGCCAAAGAGUAUGACCGCCUCAUCACUAACACGACUGAGGCAGACCUCCAGAAGACCGAAGGCAUUAAGGAGACGAACAGCUACUUGAAAGACUCCAAACAAGCAAUGAUUUCUUCUAAAGCCCAGCGACAGAAGACUACUGAUCCCGAAACUGUAAAAGCAGCCUCCGGUCAAGACUUUGAAGAGUACUCUGAAGAUAGCGGAGAGGAGGACGACGAUGAUAACAAGCGUUAUGAGCCCCGACAGAAAGAAGCUGUGGUUCGCUACCAGGCCCCCUUUGAUGAAUCAGGGAAGCAGCCGGCCAUGUUUUUCAAACAUCAGACAUCUUCCACUAGAGGGAGCUACCGCAUCAGUGCCUCGGUGCCCAGGAGCACCUACACCACCAGCCGGAGGAGUGGCAGGAUUGGGUCCAUAGACAGGAGAAAGUAUGGCUGGCACACUCUUGAAGCUAGCUCCUCUGAGGAAGACACAUCUGAUGAAGACAACAUGGAGCAUGAAGCCAAAAACAGGUGUCUGCCUGUGAAUUUGCGCAAAGACGACGUUUUGGGAAUCCAUAGGGACAGAAUGCAGAUCGGUACCAGCCUUGCAGAUGUCGACCCGAUGGCCAUUGACCAGUCAGUGUCCUUUGAAAGCAUUGGUGGUUUGACAAGCCACAUAUCAGCCCUGAAGGAGAUGGUAGUCUUCCCUUUACUCUACCCAGAGGUAUUUGAGAAGUUCAAGAUCCAGCCUCCAAGGGGCUGCCUGUUCUAUGGUCCUCCGGGGACAGGGAAGACCCUGGUAGCCCGAGCGCUGGCCAACGAGUGCAGCCAUGGGGACAGAAAGGUAGCGUUCUUCAUGAGGAAAGGCGCCGACUGCCUGAGCAAGUGGGUGGGCGAGUCUGAACGCCAGCUCCGGCUGCUCUUUGACCAGGCUUACCAGAUGCGGCCCGCCAUUAUCUUCUUUGACGAAAUCGACGGGCUAGCCCCGGUUCGCUCCAGCCGCCAAGACCAAAUACACAGCUCCAUCGUGUCCACCCUGCUGGCUCUGAUGGAUGGCCUGGACAACCGUGGGGAGGUGGUGGUGAUCGGAGCCACCAACCGACUGGACUCCAUCGACCCCGCUCUCAGGCGGCCUGGACGCUUCGACAGGGAGUUCCUCUUCGGCCUCCCAGAUCGUGAGUCCCGGAAAGACAUCCUAAAGAUCCACACCAGACAAUGGAGUCCUGCACCGUCUGAUCCUUUCUUGGAAGAGUUGGCUGAUAAAUGUGUCGGUUACUGUGGCGCUGACCUCAAGGCGGUGUGUGCCGAGGCAGCCCUGUGCGCGCUGCGGCGCCGCUACCCACAGAUCUACAGCACUUCCCAGAAGCUCUUGCUGGACGUGGGCUCUGUCAACAUCAGCAGCCGGGACUUUCUAGCCGCCAUGAGGAAAAUGGUGCCCGCCUCCCAGAGGUCCGUGUCAACCCCUGCCAAGGCCCUGACCCCCGUGGUCAAGCCUCUUCUAGGCUCUGCCCUCACCGCUGUCCUGGACACACUGCAGAAACUCUUCCCUCACUCUGAACAGGGCCUCAAGAGGAAGAGGGACGUAGAUGUGAUGGACAGCAUUCUGGAUGAUGACCUCUUGCACAGUGGGGAUGAGGGGCCCUCGUCCCGCAAUUCCAUCAACAAACAGAGCACCAAUAAUGGGAGCUUCCUACCGUUUGAAAGGAGCGCCACAAGACACCCCACCUCACACCGGCCCAGGCUACUGCUGGCGGGGCAUCCCGGUGCGGGUCAGAGCUCCCACCUGGCCCCCGCCGUGCUCCACGCCCUGGAGAAGUUCACCGUCUACACCCUGGAUCUGGCCGUGUUGUUUGGAGUCAGCUCCACCUCCCCCGAGGAGGCCUGCGCUCAGGUGUUCUGCGAGGCCAAGCGGACCUCCCCCAGCAUCCUGUAUGUCCCCCGCAUCCAGCAGUGGUGGGACACGGUGGGGACCCCCCUCAAAGCCACCUUCCUCAGCCUGCUGCAGGACAUCCCCUCCUUCUCCCCGGUCCUCCUGCUGGCCACCAGCGACGUGGCUCACGGUGACCUGGCCGACGAGAUCCGGACUCUGUUCCGGGUGCAGUACAGGGAGGUGCACUUCAUCCAAAUACCCACUCAGCAGGAGAGAAGGGAGUUCUUUGAAGAUCUCAUCCUUAACCAGGCUGCCGAGGCACCGGCCUGUAAAAAGAAAUCCCUGAUGCAUGCCAUGGAGGUGCUCCCCCUUGCCCCCCCUUCUCCCCCCAGGCAGAUGACUGAGACGGAGCUCCUCCGUCUGGAGGAGCAGGAGGAGGACACACUCCGGGAGCUGAGGCUGUUCCUACGCAGCGUCACAGAACGCCUCUCUCGGGACAGGCGCUUCAAGGCCUUCACCAAGCCCGUGGACCUCGAGGAGGUUCCAGACUAUAUUACGGUGAUCCAGCAUCCCAUGGACCUCUCCACCAUAUUGUCCAAAAUUGACCUCCACAAGUACGUGACUGCCAGGGAGUUUGUCUAUGACAUGGACCUGAUCUGGAAGAAUGCUCUAGAGUACAACCCAGACAGCGACCCCGCUGAUCGUCAGAUUCGUCACCGUGCCUGUGCCCUGAAGGACACAGUACACGCCAUCAUCCGUGAUGAACUGGACGAGGACUUUAACCGGAUCUGCGAGCGGAUUAGAGACUCGCGCGACAAGAGGGGGUGCAUGUCUGCAAAGUUUGCCCCCUCCUACUACCAGACCUUGGCCAGAGAGGAAGGAUUCCCCGAUCCCAAGAAGCUGGGCGGCAUUACCAGCAAAGAUGCCAGCACCACAUUCCCUGCCAACACCCCACGGCCUGCACCGCUGAGAAGAAACAGCCUAGAAAACAACGCUAAAGCAAAUGGAGCUCCAGCAUCAUAGAAAGAAACCCAGGUGUUCUUUUUCCAUUCAACUGGUGGAUCCCAAACCCUGGGGAGGGGGAGGAGGAUAAAGGAGAAGGGAAAUGACCUGUGGCGGGAACCACUAAGCCUCUUUAGGAUGUGGAGGAUAUAACAGAGCUGCCCACCACCAUACUCACCCCAAAGAGACUGGCAACAGCAAUCUCCAGACCCCACAAGAGGCUCAUGCCAACCAGGCCACAUAACAGUCCAAACGUGGGUCAAGGCCAUUCCGUGGUGGCGCUCAAUGGAGACCACCCUCUAGUGGCACGUGGCCCAGCCAAAGACAGCCCUUCAACAAGAUAUGUCACAAUUUCAACUCAUCACAACAUAUCGGUUAAAAGGAUACAUCCACAUCCAGGCUCGUUUAAAUAAU